UUUAACGUAAUUAGUGCAAUUUUUUUAAUUAUCAUUUGGCGAUAUGAAGUUGUAACAAGUUUAACAACAUUACGAUGUCCAAAAUUAUCGAUUAACAAUGCAAAUGUACGUUAUGCUAAAAGAAAUUCUGCUUCGGCAAGAAUACGUUGCCAUUCAACUCAUUCAUUAGUUGGAAAUAAUAUUAUUUAUUGUUAUCAUGGACGUUGGGAUGGAGAUGUGCCAAUUUGUGUUACAAAAAAACCAAAAUGUAAAAGUAUCGAAUCGAUACCAAAUGGUCAUAUAUUUAUGCCGUCGAAAUAUAACAAUGCAGUUGUAUCAUUUUCUUGUAAUAGCGGAUAUAAAUUGGUAGGCGCAGAUACGAUUUAUUGUACAACAACCAAAUGGAAUACAAUUUUGCCGCAAUGUAUCAAAUCCGAUGAAAAAAAUAUGGAAACAAGUUGUAAUUUUGAAUCGCCAUAUUUAUGUGGAUGGACCCAAGAUAUAAAUCAUGAUUUUGAUUGGCGACGAGAAAAUUUUCUAAAUACAUCAGGCAUUUUUUCGUAUAAACCAAAUUAUGAUCACACAUAUGGUAAAAGUAAUGUUGGAUAUUACAUGUACAUUGAGACAGUGGAUGCGCAGCCUGGUGACACAGCACGAUUAUUUUCACCUUUAUAUAAUAUUGAGAAUUUCACAUGUUUUGAAUUUUAUUAUAAUAUGUAUGGAUCAAAAGAUGGUACAUUACAAGUAUACUUACGAUUAGAAUCACAAAAUGUUGAGAAAAUCAAACCAAUCUAUACUGUGGAUCAGCAUCCACAUCAUGUGGAUGAAUGGCAUCGAGCAAUUAUUCAAUUACCAAACAUAACUGAAUCAUUUCAGAUUAUAAUUGAAGGCAUAAGAGGUUAUAGUUUUGAAAGUAACAUAGCAAUUGACGAUGUAAAAUUACUAACCAGCUGUUAUGAAGAAGAUGAUUAUACCACAGGUGAAACUAGUACGGACAUCUACGAUGGCUUAACUUGUGCAGGACGAUGUGAUGCAACUGAACCAAAAGAAAGAGAAAAAUGUCAAUGCCAUUCCAAUUGUUUGGAAUCAAAUGAUUGUUGCCCGGAUUAUUUUCAUAUUUGUAUGAUUAUUGACGAAUCAACCCCGACCGAAGAAAAUAUAGACCAAUCAACUACAUAUUUUUGGACUGUGAGUACUAAGAUUUUCACAAUAACAACACCAUCCACAACAACAUCUACUCCAACAACCUUAUCUAAAUCCCAAACAACGAAAAUAGUGCCUCCCAAAGCAACUAGCACAACUAAAUCUCAAACAACCAACCUCAAACCUCAAACAACUCCUGUUGUGCGUCCAAAAACUUCAACAUCACCGCCAAAACGUCAAACAACAAUGCAAACUACAAUCAUCAAUAGAAAAUCAUCAACAGCCAAAUCUUCACCAGCAAAACCAUCAACAACAAAACUAUCCUCUACAACCGUUAUGAAUGAUAUGGGUAUAAUUCCAAAACGGUUUGAUCCUGAAGAUGAACCAAAAAUCGACUACGAAUCACAAGCGCAAGAAGUUAUAAUUGAACCAGAAACAUCAUAUCAUUGGUAUAUUAUAAUAUUUGUAAGCUCCGUGUGUUCUAUCAUUUUAAUUGCAGUUGUUAUAAGAUAUAUGAGAAAUUUGAAAACAGAAUCGAAGAAAAAUGAAAAUUGGAACGAAUCAGCAACAGAUGUCCGAUAUUUAACUUCAGAUGAAAUAUUAAACUUUACUUUGGCUACUCCAUCAAAAGAAUCAGAUUUGUUGUUGGAAAAUUCUUAAGCUUUAUAUCAAUCCAAGUCCUUACUCUAUCAAUGAUUGAACUUUCUUUCUGUAUAUAAUCUUGAUGAAAUAUUUUCUUUACAUGAACAUUUGAACAAGUAUAUUAUUCUCUAAGGACGUUCAUAGAAAGACUAUUUCGGGUUCUGUUUCAGUUGUACAGACUCACUUGAAUGAAAUCGUAUGUGCAUUAUUACAACUUUAAUUCACAGCACAAAACUCUUUUAGCAUUUUCUCCAUUGCUAAACUUAAGUCUCUUUCUAAAAUUUUAGAUUGUUUUACAUUUGG